UGACUCUACUGACGCAUCUGUGUCUCGAGAAGUGGCGCUGCCGCAAUUGGUCGUUAGUUGCGAUUGCCGAUGGUUGCUUGCGAUGGGCGCGAGGAGCCGUUCCGCUCCUGGCGUUGCGAACUUCUACGAGUUCUUCCGUGACAGCCAGUGACAGCAAGCGAGCAUCUUCUUCCGCGUUCAAUGUCAUGACGCGACAACGGACCGUUUGUGUUGUCGCGUCUGUGAAGUGACGGCAGUUCUGCUUUAUUUCACGUUUAUCAUCGUGAAUCAUCUCGCUGGGCAAGCGGAUACAUCUCCCAGAUGAGAUUCGUGGAUAUUCGAUAGUGGUGAGACCAGAUCUCGAGGCGGUGGUCCUCGACCGCGUCGCUUAAAUGAUGUUUAUCCUAGGCUUUGCGUAUUAUGUCAGCGAUAGUGCCGAAUACACAUAAUAUAGUUGAUCAUGCAGCUGAGAAAGAAAAGCUGCUGGAAGAGCUGCUGGUUGCCACAAAAGAAUGUCAUGUCAGGUUUGGUGGACGUGCAGAAUUAGCCACAGAAUCAGAAGCAUGUGUAGCGCAGCUCUGCCAUAUAUUUGAAUUGAUUUUUAGUCACGGAUUGAAAACAAAUUAUAAAGAUAAAAUCAACUCUGCGUUUAGACAUGUGUCUGAUUUGGUCUCUGGUUGUGCCACAAAACCCGGCAGUGUGGCCGAUGCAGCAUUCUGGCCAUGCAUUAAAGACCAACUUACAUGGCACGAGCAGGAACGUUUUAGUAUGUUGAGAAAAGUACAGACAGAUUAUGGUCGAGGUAGAGCGUGGCUGAGGGCGGUUUUGAAUGAGAGAUCUCUGGAACGACACUUGCAUACCGUUAUAAAUCCCGACGCACUGUCUCCGUUUUAUGAAGAGUGGGCCUUUUUGCUCGAUCAGGAGAAGAAUUCUGUAUUGCCUAACGUAGCUGCAGGCCUCGGUACAAUCUUAUUUGCAAUAAGGACAGACAAUGAGGAACUUGACGAUCUGAAAGGAAAAGGAAUAGAUCGAAAUAGAGCCGAGCAAUCGGAGCCAGUUAUUCCCACGAUAAUUCCAGAGCAUUCCACAUCCGAGCAAGAUAAACGAAAAAAAAAAGUACCGACUCGCAUAAUUUCCUUCGACGAUGACAAUGAAGAGAGCGAGCGUAAGGAAACCACAACUUCCUCGAGCGCACCACCGACGUGCCCUGGCUCGCCUACGACGACAUCGACAAAGGAUUCCACCUCACCUUGCUUAUCAGAUCCUCAACCUCAGACAGAUUUGAAUGGUAGUACAAUGAUCGAUGCAAAACUUCCGGAAUGGGAACGAUGUGACUCGUUUCAAGAAGAGAAGAUAUUAACUCCAGUAACAGAUGCCGGAAAUAUGGGUGGUCUUGUACCUGUAUCAGCACUUGAUCAAACAUUGGACGAUAUGUUAGUCAGUCUGCCACCUUACCUAGAUGAUUCAUCGGAAAUAACAGAACCUGCAAUGGAGGCAACAGAACCGCUAGUUGGUUUAGAUUUGCAUAUAGAUCCAGACAAUUUAGAUGUAGAUACGUUGCGCGUAAGACUUUUAGCUAUGACAGAAAUACUGGAACAGGCUAGAGAAGACGCAAUAUCCAGUAGAUUGCAACUCGCUCGAUUCCAGAGACAACAUCAGCAUUAUUUGGAAAAGCAUGAAUUACAACUGCAAACAUUGAACAGAGAGAAUGAACUCUUACGACAACAGUUGCGCAAGUACGUCACCGCUGUUCAGAUGUUGAGGAGAGAUUCCAACUCCAUGAUAUCCGAGGAGGAUCCGUCGUUAGAUUAUCACAGCGAGGCGCGACAAUACGAGGAAAAGUUGAUACAAGUAGCGGAUAUGCACGCUGAAUUAAUGGAAUUUAACGCCAGACUAACAAUGCAGUUGACAAACAAGGACAGAUUGGUAAAAAUGUUGCAAACGGAGUUGGAGUGUCUCCGAGGGCCGUUGAAUGAGGAUGAUUUACCGUCGGAACCACCGUGUCUUAUUCACAUAUGGAUUCCAUCGGCGUUUCUUACGGGACAGCCGUCUGACAUUCAUCACGUUUAUCAAAUCUACGUACGUAUAAGAGACACGGAAUGGAACAUAUACAGGCGAUAUGCUCAAUUUUAUGCGCUUUAUAGAGAAUUAAAGAAACAUGACACUAUUGUUACGACUUUCGAAUUUCCGCCAAAGAAAACGAUAGGAAAUAAAGACGCAAAAUUCGUAGAAGAGCGACGGCAAAGGCUGCAACAAUGGUUACGGCGAGUCGUCGGACGAGUGGCGCAAUGUUCGCCCGCAUUCGCAUGCAGGCCGAGCAGACAAACGCUCGUGUCUUUGAUGCCUUUCUUUGGUGAUAAUCCUAAUGAGGAAUCGAGAAAGAACAAUUCCACGAGAAAUACCUUCUCUUCCUCACCUCAAUACAUGGGUUUGUAAUUAAAUCAAUUUUUAUAUAUAGAUAAUUUGUACAUACGAUAAAAAAGUUUUACUGCGUGAGACGAGCAUCUUGUUAUACACAAAUAUAUUGUUGACAAUUAAGGAAAUGAACUUACCAUUGUAUGUAUUUAUGUAAAUAAGAUCAUUAUUUAUGCAUAUGCGACAUAAAUUUAUACGAUGUCGACAUGUGUGUAAACGAAAAAUGUAGAAGAAACGAUUAUAUAAGAAAGCUGGUCUUUUCUAUGAAAAUAAUAGUUUGCAAUUAAUUGCUUUUUUUUAAAUGUUUUAUUACCGAAAAAAUAUCCCAAUGUAAAAUCCUAUCUAUUAUUUACAGAGAAAAGAUUUACGAACGAUCGAUCGAAUUGAUUUUUUCUCAUAUCGAGUUAUUUUUGUAGUUGCAGAAUUAAGUUGCAAAAUAUCGAAUCUUUUAUUUUCUAAAAAGUUUAUUUGUUUAUACGUUAAGGCGCCUUAAUAGUAAUAUAAAAAGGUACAUUUUUUUUCAUCUAUCCUUUAUGACAAAAAUAAAGGUGCAUAUUGUUAUCGGAAUAUAAGUACAUACAAUAUUAUGUCGGUAAAUCAGAAAUAGAAUUAAUUGCGCAUGUAAAAACCACAAAUUUUUAACAACUUACACAGGAUGUUCUCACUAUGGAGAGGUAAGAUAAUGAGAGGAUUCGUGAGAUCAAAGAUAUCGAUAAGUAUAUCUCGAAAUAAAUCCGCGCACAACGCAAGUAGCACUUUCGGCUCAUUUAAACAACAAUCGAUUUUUUUUUUUACAAUAUAUUUGUACUAGGCAACACUUUGGCUGUGCUCACCUUUCCAUAUUGAGAGAAGUUCUUUUUCUUUCCUUAUAAUAGCGCAUGGUAUGCUCUUACAAAUAUACUUAUCAUUAUUAACAUUUUUUUUUCUACAUAUAUAAUCGACAAAUAAAAAUUAGUAAUAUAUUUAUAUCAUUUUAUAUAAAGCCAUCAUGGCAACAAUUUUAUCUUAAUGAUCAAAUAAAACAUGAGUUUACAAUUAGUAUAUCUUAAUAAUUCAUUAGUAUUCUACUUUUUUUUUUUGUAACAAACACGGUUAAUGUUAAAAAAAAUGUAUUAAAAUGACGUUAAAAUUAGGGGAAAAAAAUAUUUUAGUAAGUUACUCGCAUGCUUAAUUGGGUAAUCGUAACAUUUAAAAAUUUUUAUUUGCAAGAAAUUGUGAAUAAAACAAAAACAUACGCUCUACAAGUACAAGAAGCGUUAACUUAUUAUUCACUAUUUUUCUUUUCUGUGACUAAUUUUGAUUUAGCCCUAGGACCGACUAGAAAACUAAAAUUUCAAAUAUUCGGUUCACGAAGAAGACAAAUGAGAAAAUAAAAAACGUUUAUACAUUUACACGCGCGAAACACGUGUGUGAUGCUGAUCUGUAUUUAUUAAAAAUGCGUUAAAAACUUUGACAGUUUCGAUCGGUUUAUGCACGUUCACAAGUAACACAAACGCACGUAUUUCCUCACACAUAGACGCACGUAACUGAAACCUAAAAAGUAGGUCGACACAAUUAUUCUCAUAGAAUAAAAAAAGCAAUAAAUAAUAUGUAUAUAUGUUUUAGAUGUUUAUUAUAAAACAGUGAAUAAAAGUUGCAUUUAGUAUUUCAGCGCGCACAAGUAUAUAAAAAUUUUUUUUUAAGAUAUUUUAUACAACACAUACAUGUUUUUAUAUGUACUGGAAAGUUUGUAUAAUUCUGAGCAUCUUACAAAUUACAAUACACAAUCACUUCAUUUAACAAUCGUUUUCGUUUUUUUUCUUUUUCGUGCAAGAUUACUGCAACAUCUAGACCGUCCUAGGGUUAAAUAAAUGUUUAAUUGACAUAAUCAUUUUGCUGUUCUGAAGCCUGCUCAGAUUUAGAUAUGUAGAGAGAAUAUACCGAACAGUAGUCACGUAUAAGAAAGAAGAGAUUAGUCAGUAUAAUGAGUUACAUAAGUGUAAUACCUAUAAUAUCCUUCUUCAUAGGUAUAAAUCGAUGUGAGUUGAGCCUAAUUUUUAUUCAACUUUUUAAGAUUUGUUUUUUUUUUCUCAAUAACAGGUAAUAUUCAGUUUUUCAGCAGUCUUCUUACGCGUUCACUCUGUGAAUUUACGAAAUUGUCAACAAAAACUAACAAUAAUAAUUAACACAUUGUGCAAGUACACGAAGGUUAAAGAGCGGAGAACUUUCGCGGUGAACAAAACCAACGAGGCUAGCGUCUGAAAUUACUUUUCAUCUACUGCUCAUUAUUAAAAAUACGAAAAACCUGUUCCUCCAUUUUAUUCAGUAAAGUUAAUUAUUACAUCGUCAUAUCGUGUUUAUACGUCGGGAUCAUUAUCAUCCGUUAUUCAAGUGCAAAGCACACGAACAGACAGAAGUUUGUUUUUUUUUUUUACGUGGUGGUUGAAUGCGCCUUCUCUUGCCUUUCUUUCUUUUUUUUAUUUUUUUUAUUUUUGUUUGUUUCCUCAAAGCUAUUUUAUAUUCGCACUCGGAUACGACAAAGUGGUGGUGGUACGAGGUGUGUAUUGUUAGAUCUUGUAGCAAAAUAAAUUAAAACAAA